CGAGAUUACACGCGCAUAGCGGGCAGGAGCAAGCACGCAGACACCCGACUUCCUUUCCUUUCCCUCGUUCUUCCACAGCCGAUAUUUUUUUUUACGGGGCCGCAGUGGGCCUUCCACUCUCGGGUUAUUAAAACAUCAGCGGCACACAGCACCAUGGGCGGCACGAUAUCGAGUCCGCACCGAUGCUUCAGCAUGCGAAACCCCUUCGCACGGGCAUUGUUGCUCACCCUGGCCAUGUUCAGCGUCAGCUGGAUAUUCCUUCGGUCGGACAUAGACGUGAGGUCGGCGCUCCGGAAGACAGCCGCCUCAGCCAGGGAGGUGAUGUCGCAAAGACCACUGGGAUUCGGGAUAACCGCAGAAACGUCAGCCGAGAAGCACGGCAGCCACGCACAAAGCUCGAAUGCGUCACGCGUCAUGAUUUGCGACUACGACAUAGAACGACUCAAGAAAUGGAAGGAACAAUACCAUCUCCAGGACACGUUCGAGUACACCAAGCGGUACGUACAAGUGAGGCGGCAGAAUAUCACCAGGAAGUCGGUUACCAAGCUCGGGCAAGACUUCCUCGCCGGCGAGGUCAAGGUGGUGGACGUGAACCAGCAGUACGCAGCCGAGACGUGCCCGGAGCCGCUCGUGGUGCCGGUUCCGCAGUCUCCCUUUCCCGAGACAGUCAACGCCUCCGAAUUCAUGUUCGGCGUUUCGACCACUUACAAGCGAUUCGUCGACCCGCGCACGAGCCCGAUUAACGAGUGGUCCUACUGGCUCACCGACGGCAAGGGCAACUCAAACGGCGGAAAACUGGUUCUCAUGCUGCUGGACGCCUCAGAGAGCGAGCUGGGAGAUGCCUACAGCAAGCUCACCAGCCGUGGCAUCGACGUGGACGUGUACCGGUCAGAUCCGAGCAUGAUCAUGGCAGUGCGCUACCUCACGCUGGUGCCCCAGAUGUACAAUCACCCAGAGCGAGUCAACAAGAAGUGGCUCGUCGUCUGCGACGACGACACCUUCUUUCCCUCGUUCCACGCGCUCGCAGACAAGUUUGCCGAGUACGACCACGAGAGGCCCAUGUACAUCGGCACCUUCUCAGAGGACGUGAACAACAUCCAGCGGCACGGGUCUCAGGCAUUCGGUGGCGCCGGCGUGUUUCUCAGCGUGCCAAUGGCCGAGAUCGUCGCCGAGAAGUACGACACGUGCAGGACGGAGGACAAGAUCCGCGAAUCUAACAGCGGGUGGGGCCCCCAGGGCGACAUCCUCCUGCGCAAGUGCAUCUACGAGAACUCAGAGGUGAAGCUCACGCUGCUCAACGACCUCUGGCAGCUCGACCUGUUGGGCGACCCGUCGGGCUUCUACGAGUCCGGCAUCAAGCCGCUGUCGCUGCACCACUAUCGCGGCGGCAUCUGGCACACUGCCCACCCGUGGCACUACACCAAGGUGGCGCACGUCUGCGGCGAGGACUGCACGCUGCAGCGCUUCCAGACUGCCGACAACUUCAUCAUCUCCAACGGCUUCAGCGUGGCCUACUACCCCUGGGGCAUCGACUUCGACCUCAACCAGUUCGAGGCCACAUUCCACGCCGCGCCGGAGAACAAGGGGUGGAACCUUGACUACAAGAUGGGUCCGCAGCGGCCUUCGCUGCACAAGACGGGGCGCAAGAUCUCGUGGGACCUGAAGGAGGCGACCCGCAAUGAGGACGGCACCGUAAGUCAAGUAUAUGUGUUGAAGCACUACGACUGGCGGUGGAAGAAUCCGGAUGGGACGCCGAUGACUGAACGCGACGGCGUCAUCGAGCUAGUGUGGAUGCCGGAUGACUGAGAGCAUUUCCGAUUUAUUUCAUUUGUUUUGUUUCUUGAAGUUGAG